AUGGUCCGAUUUACAAAUUUCAAAUCCUCUCCACAACCUAAAGAUUCUCACAAAUAUGAGAUGAGUGGAGUUUUGUGCAAAAUGGGAGAGGUCAACAAGUCAUGGAAGGAACGAUUUUUCAUUUUGGAAGACGAUAAAUUAUUUUACUACAAGAAUAAUGAAGCCACAAAAGCAAUUGCAUAUAUUCCAUUGAAUGAUGCCUAUGUACGAGUGUCGCCAGAAUUUUAUCCCAGAUUGGCUUGCUUUGAGAUUGUGACUGCACAGAGAAUUUAUAAACUGCAAGCAGCAAAUUUCGAAUUGAUGAAGACGUGGAUUCAUCAUUGCCAAACUUUUAGUAAGAUUAGUAUGGAAAAUGAAUUGAUACGGCAAGCUGACAUUCAGAUUUGUACGACAGAAGCUGCCUAUUCGAAAAAGUUAUUGGACGAGUUGCAUUUUGAACCGAUGCCUUUGGAAAAUUAUUAUUUCAUGUGCAAAUACGACGAUAGUGACAAUGAUUUCAGUGACAUGACUUCAGAGUCUGGAAAUACUCCACAAAAUAACAUUACCAAUGCUACACGAACAAGACAUAGAUCUGCAGCCAUGAAUUUAUCCUUUAGCAGUCAAUUGUCACAUUUGAUAAAUUCAGAGUCACCAAUGAAUGCAAGUAGCGUCAUUAUUUCCAAAGACGAACAAGAAUUCGUAGAAGACGAAGAUAUUCUGCCCUCAACUCCACAAAACAACAACCAAAACAAAGCCACUGUCUCCAUGAAUUCAAUUUCACCCUCCUCCGAUUACUGUGUCACUCCAACCUCAUCCUCUCUCCUUAGCUCAUCCUCAUUCAUUGAGGGCCAAAAUCAAGAAUUAAUACAACGUAUUGAUUGGCAAUAG